AACUCUGGAACCCUCAAAUUAAUCGAACGAACGACAUACGUCACAAAAUGUAUUAAAUAUAAACAAAAUAUAAACAAACAUUAAAAAUAGAAAAUAGAAGCAUAUUUUACCCAACUUAAUAUAAUUGUUACAAUAUUUAAGUUUUCGAAUACACCUCGAGUUUAAUAGGAACCUAUUGACAAUUUUAAGAUGAGUGCUCCACCACCACCCUGCGACUGGCAGACUACAAGAAAGUUAGUUAAGGAAAGAGGUCAAUACUUAUUAGAAACGGGAAUGUGGAGUGAUUGCCGGUUUAUAGUUGGCACAGAACCGAAUCAGCAAGUCUUGGAGGGCCACAAACUUUUUCUUGCUAUGUCUAGCCCAGUUUUCGAAGCUAUGUUUUUUGGAGGAAUGGCAGAGAAAGACCCUAUAGCUAUUUUGGAUGUACAGCCGGACGCUUUUAAAGCUUUAUUAGAGUAUAUUUAUACGGAUAAAAUCAACUUGACGUCAUUCGAUCAAGCUUGCGAGUUAUGUUACGGUGCUAAAAAGUAUAUGUUGCCACAUCUUGUGGAGGAAUGUACUAAAUACUUGUGGUCGGAUUUGUAUCCAAAAAAUGCUUGCAGAGCCUAUGAAUUUGCGAAAUUGUUUGAAGAACCCAUGCUUAUGGAUAAAUGUAUUAGGAUUAUUUGCAAUCAGACCCAGGAAGUGCUUUCGGAAAGUAGUUUUGAUGAUGUAGAAUUAAGUACGAUAUUAACGGUGUUUGAUCAAGAUGAACUGAACAUCAAUUCCGAACUGGAAUUAUUUUCAGCAAUAACCCGAUAUGCUGCAAGACACAAUCACAGUUCAGGUGCGAAAGUACCUAGACUAGAUGGUAUAGGGAAUGCAACCAGUGAAGCUAACAGCAACCACCCAACAAUAAGAGACGCAAUAAUGAAAAUCCGUUUCCUCACUUUGACACCCCAACAGUUUGCUGAGGGACCCGGAAAGUCUAGUUUGCUUUCCGAGUCUGAGAAGUUUGCCAUUCUAAUGAAUAUCUGCAGCCCAAGUGCUGCUGUAUCUAUGCCCGAAGGGUUUUCAUCUUCCGCCACACCUAGAAGGAAAAAACAUCCGUCUGAACCAUUCUGUGUUCCUUUGGGUGGUUUUCUGUUGGCUGGUGCAUCUGCUAUGGACACAUCCCGCACCUCAAUGAUAAAAUUCAGUGCUUCAGUCUCGGAAGGUGGCAACGAUCAUUCUAAAAAGUUGUACUGUAGCCGGCAGCUCCUUAGAAUCACAGAAUGCAUGAAUACCAGUGUCCUCGAUUGUGCUGUUACAUUCACGUGUGACAAAAACGUCUGCGUUUAUGGAAUUCAGGUUCCGGCCCAGAUCCCAAUGGAAGACGACCGCCAGCCUCAAUUCGUUUAUCCGGAACUGCUCUACGCCCACUUGUUAGACGGGGAUGGUAGUCGGUUGACUUACACCCACUUUACAAGCAGGGUCAACUAUCGAUCGUUGAUUGAAAUAUCAUUUAACCGGCCGAUUUACAUACAACGCAAUAAGGUUUACAAAGUCGGCGUCGUCUUGAACAAGAUAGGUUGUUACCCGAUAGGCACAUAUCCCAACCAGUCCACAUGCAAUGGAGUGGUCUUCACCUUCUCCCAAGGCCAAUGUGGAGAUUCGGUCAGGGACGGCUUGAUUCGUUCCAUAAUAUUCUCCAUACCUUCAUCCAACAACAACAGCAGCAAUCCGGGAGUUCCGGGAGAUCACAAGAUGCCCAAUAUUAUUUGAAUAUUAAUCGAUGCAUCGUCUUUUUGGAGUUAUAUUUAUUUUCUAGAUUCUAUUUAACAGAUUUAUUCAUAUAUCGCAUCACAUUAUAAUUCGUACUAAUAGUGUAAAUAAAAUUACAUUAAUAUA